GUUCAUUAAUCAUUUGCUGUUCAUUUUCAUUUCAUUCUAUCUUCUAUCGUUUAUAGCUUGUUUGAUUGAUUUGAUAAAUGUUUUAGUGCAUAAAUUUCUACAGUUAUUACUGCUUAUGUGCAGUCAUUCGUGAUUGUGAAAGAAAUUACACAAAUUUUACCCUUCAUUAGAGUGGCAGAAAACAUAUAUUUGCUUCAUCGUCUUUUUGUGCUUUUGUGACAGUUCGAAAAUUCCGUAACCAGUAUUCCCAAAAUGAAGACACCUGCACCUAAAAGACAAAGUAAAAGAGUUUCAAAUACUGAAAAUUUGAAACCAACCAAAAAGGGGAGAGGAUGUGCACCUCUUCCAGUUAAUGGAAGAACAGCUCUUAGGAAUAUAUCAAACCAAUCCAAAAACAUCAACAAGGAAGCAUCAAAGCAAAAUUAUGGUGUAAAGAAAACUCCAAAUUAUUUGAAACCAACAUUUUCCACUCUACAGAAAUGCACGAAAAAGAAAAUCAAACCAUUUGAUGAAAAACCUGCCUGCAAGGAUUCCAGUGGAUUGUCAGUUCCUAAAAAUGAAAGUCACAAAGAUAACUCUGCAGAUUCUUCAGUCACAAGAGUUUCAGAAAAUAUUUUUGAUUUUGAUGAAGAUUUGGAGGGCCAAGAACUCGAGAGAACUUGCAACCAGGCAGGUAAAGAACCAACAACCAGUGAGAAAGAAGCAAAACCCGAUUUUGCAUCUCCCCUGAGGAUCGAACUAGCACCGUUGCGCAAGAUCCUACCAGCCACUCCGAAACCACCAGUGAACAAAGUAUUAUCCAUCCUGAAGUCGAGCCUGUCAUCUCCGUUAGUCAAAACACCUCGUACAGUGGAAAAGAAGUUGCCAGAGUUCUUUAAAACCCCAACUCCUCAAAGUCCAGUUCAACAAGCAACCAGCUCCGCUCUGCUUGUUGACGAUAUACUCGAAACGUUUGAUCGUCCGCCAAGGAGAUCGUACUCAAGACCACGACCACUCACGGACUUAAGUACUCUUGAUGAGCCAAACUCUGACGAGGAUGAUAAAGUAAAAGAGCAGGAAAUUAAAGUAGUGGAAGAAAAAGAGUGCAAGCGCAAUCCAAAAAAGCGAAAGAAGACUACUAAAGCCACUGCUCAGGUAUGUAUUGAUAUCGGUNUUCCUAAAAAUGAAAGUCACAAAGAUAACUCUGCAGAUUCUUCAGUCACAAGAGUUUCAGAAAAUAUUUUUGAUUUUGAUGAAGAUUUGGAGGGCCAAGAACUCGAGAGAACUUGCAACCAGGCAGGUAAAGAACCAACAACCAGUGAGAAAGAAGCAAAACCCGAUUUUGCAUCUCCCCUGAGGAUCGAACUAGCACCGUUGCGCAAGAUCCUACCAGCCACUCCGAAACCACCAGUGAACAAAGUAUUAUCCAUCCUGAAGUCGAGCCUGUCAUCUCCGUUAGUCAAAACACCUCGUACAGUGGAAAAGAAGUUGCCAGAGUUCUUUAAAACCCCAACUCCUCAAAGUCCAGUUCAACAAGCAACCAGCUCCGCUCUGCUUGUUGACGAUAUACUCGAAACGUUUGAUCGUCCGCCAAGGAGAUCGUACUCAAGACCACGACCACUCACGGACUUAAGUACUCUUGAUGAGCCAAACUCUGACGAGGAUGAUAAAGUAAAAGAGCAGGAAAUUAAAGUAGUGGAAGAAAAAGAGUGCAAGCGCAAUCCAAAAAAGCGAAAGAAGACUACUAAAGCCACUGCUCAGGACAAACAAUUUGAAGAACUUGCUGCAGCUAUGAAUUCACAGUUCAGCCAAGUGGAAGAUUUUCAACUGGUUGUGGAGUGAAUCGUUCAAUCUGUUUGGUUUCCUAUUUUCUCUGUCAAAGUGGGUCUUUUUUUCUAUGCUUUUUUGGGCGAAUAGGAGUUAAAACCCCUUGUGGUAUCUUGAGAAAUAGCCACAAAUUCCCUCUAACCCUUAUUUAUUUUAAUACUCUUCUUUUUUUUACCUUUUUCAAUACUCAUAUAAAAUAUUCAAUUUUUCUCAGUUUUUAGUGAUACUCGAAGAUUGUGGUUCUAGAACCAAGUUUUGGUUUGAAUAUUUAAGUUUUAUGAAAGCUGAUAAUUAAAGAAAAAUUAAUUACCUUGUAAUUCUUGCAUUUAAUGAAUUUUUCCUUCACUAUAUAAUGAAACUUUCAUUUUGAAAAUUUUUUCUCUCAAUAUCAGUACCACCAAAAUAAGAAGUGCACUGCACGUAAAGUAUUAUAUUGAAACUUGUAUUACGCUCUCUAUCUUUUGUUCCCCAGCUUGUACAUUUCAACGUUGCUCAAUAUCCUGUCGCACUUUGUAUUUUUAUUUUAAAACUUUUGAGCGUUUUUUAUUCCUAAUGCCACUGAUACUUCUAAGAAGUAACGGGAAAAAUCAACAAAAUUUCUAUUGGAAAUAGGGCAGUCAUUUUUGUGUGGAAAAAUGCAUUGCUAAAGUAAAUAUUGUAACCUUGGAAUAGUGUCACAUUAUUUCCAAGUCUGGGGAACAACAUAUUUUCAUAUUCUUAUUUUUUCAUGCUUGUAUCAAUGGUCUCAUCCAUCACCUUUUAAUUUUGUCAGAUUCUACUUAACUUAAAAAGAAAGUGGUAUGUUACGUAAUUGGAUUAUGAAAUCCAACAUGUCUGUUUUUUUCUCAUGUUUCCAAAACCUGUGCGUUUAAAAGUAUCAUCACUGAAGGGAUCAUUAUUUUUUCCUUCAAUUCAUUCUCUAGGAUUACUUUCAUCUAAGGCUUUUCAGGGCUUAUUUUUGCCUUUAUUCAGGCAUUCAAAAGAUUACAGUUAGAGCAAUUGAAACUCUUGAAAUAAUUAGAGGUAUCUCAAUUUGUAUUUGAAUGUCCAGACUCAAUAUAUCACCAACCUAUUUACUAAGAUCUUAGUAGUGAGCUACUUGCAUCAUUUUGGAUCCCAGUUGAAAUAAAUUGAGCCAUUCCUGAAAUUUGUCAAUUUUUAUUUCUAGGCACGUUAGUUUUCUCAGGUCCCGGUACUUCGUAGUCUAAAAAUAAUGCAGAUUUGUAUACGUAUCUUUUAUAUUUGUUUUUUCACUGUAACCAACGGAAAGAAGUUCAAAAGUUUUUAUGAAAAUAAAUUUCCUAUUUAUUUUUAAA